AGCUCUGAAACGUCCAUAUUGGAAAGUGACCUACUUCUGAUUUUACAAAAACAUUUGUUUUCAAAUGUUUUCUGUCCCAUUCAAGCUGAAAAUGAAUAUACAUAAGUAGCUGUUAAAUCUUGCAUGUGAGGAGCGCCGAUUGGACUAUUUUACAGAAUAAAUAUUCUUCUCAAACUGCAACUAUGAGUAAUCUGAAUGAGAAAAGCCCACAUGGAGCUAAGUCUGAUGUGUCAUUUGUUGGCAUCACAGGCCCCAGAUCUUCAUCAAGUAGGCACUCAAUCGGGAGUGAGGGUAGCGCAGGAAAAUUAAGUAAUCGAGGGGGUUGUGAAACUGCCAAUGAGUUAAGUUCGCAAGUAGAGCAGGAACAUAGAGAUGAGUUGAGACAGCGAGAAUUAGAGGAAGCCAGAGCAAGAGCUGCACAGAUGGAGAAAACAAUGCGCUGGUGGUCAGAUUGUACAGCAAAUUGGAGAGAAAAAUGGAGCAAGGUCCGAAAUGAGCGUAACAAAUAUAGAGAUGAAAAUAGACUCCUUAGAGCCAAGUAUGAAGCAGUCAUGAAGGAAAAUACUGUAUUUAAAAAUGAGCGUAAAGAAAUGAAACGUGAUGUGGAACAUUUAAAAAGACAAAAUAAACUGUUGAAAAACAAUGAAAAAGAUGAAGCCAGCAGCUCUAGUAGUAGUAGUUUAAAAAGUCCUGUUGUUGUUAACAGUCCUAAUGAAUCUGGGGAUGCUGAUGAAGAAAAGAAAUCUCAAAUUGAAAAAGAGGAAACUGAUUUAAAUGAGAAAAACCCUGAAAAAUUGAAAUCCAAACCUGAUGCAAGUAUGAACAAGAAAGAACAGGAUAAGAUGGAUGAGUGUAAGGAUCUUCCAGCAGCUAGACGGCCAGAGCGUGACAACUUGGAUAGUCCUGAACAAGCUCUCGCACUGGAGAAUAUGGCAAUAUUACAGCUUAAACUGAAUGAAGCCCAGAAAACACUUGCAAUGGAGAGAGAGGAUAAGGCAGUCUUUAGUAAAUCUAUGGAGAAACUUCAGUUUGAUCUUACCUGCUUAAAGAACAAAUAUGAGGAACAGAAGAGAUCAAAACUAGAAAUAUCUCAACAGUUGUCCAAGUUACGACAAGAGCACAAGGACCAAGUAGAUAGGAUGGCUACUAAGUUAGAUGAUGAGUCCGAUACAAGGUCCUCUAUGGACCUGAGAAUAGGCCAACUUAGGAGAGAGCUUGAAAGGUUACAAGCAGAGAAUGCAGAGGAGUGGGGCAUGAGAGAGCGCCUUGAGACAGAAAAGCUAGCUCAGGAGCGGGAGAAUAAGAACCUGAGAGCCCAGAUACAUGACCUAGAGAUGGAACUGGAGAGGAAAAACAGAAUCAAUUCAGCUAUGAUAGACACUGAUAUGAAAACUAUCAAGUCUGACCUUGAGGAAAAAAUGAAGGAGCUUGUUGAAUUACGUCAUGCCCACAGUCGUCAAUGUCAACAGUUGGAUGAGACACUUGAGGAGCUUGACCAUUGCCGCAGGAGGGCAGAGCAAUAUGAUACAGAAGUGAGGAAGCUAAGAGGGCGAGUUGAUGACCUUAAGAAACAGUUAGCCAAUGCGGAGGACGAGGCUGAUGGUCAGAGUAACAUUGUCAGGCGGUUACAACGAACAAAUGAUGAAAUUCAACAAGAAUCAGAAAAUCUCCGUCUACAAGUUGACCAUCUCCAAUCACGAUUGAGGUCUAGUAAUCAAGCUGUCGAAAUCACGAGAGGCUCUAGCAUUAAGUCUAUUUCACUGGCCAAACAUCCCGAUGAUUCCAAAAGCACUAAUAUGUAGGGUAGACUAUGAGUAAAUAGUAUUCUGUAUUACAUAGUAUAUUGUGCAUAGAAAUAAAGCUCUAAGGCCCUAUUUCUGUAUGCAUGUAAUAAGUAGAAUAUAUCAGAACAUAUGUCUCCCUAAACUGUGUAAAAGUAUGAAAUGCAGCUUGUGCAUUUACUUUUACAAUUUGAAAAGGGUUGGAUAUAAAAUAUUGCAGUUUUUAGUGGUGAAUAUAGAAGUAAGUUAAAGUCUGAUAUACAAUUGUAUAUUAUAAAAAGCAUGAGCAUUAAAAGAAUGUAUCCGUCCUAGAAUAUGAGGCCAUGAAGUGUUCAGAAAGAAAUAUUUUUUUUGUAAAGUUGUUUAAUACUGUCAAGUCAACACAAUACUGACAUCAAUAUCUGUUGAUCAAUGUAGUAAAUCUUAAAUCAACCAGAAAAUAAGUAAUCUAUAAUCUUAAUCUAUUCACUAAUGUGAUACUUUGAUAAUGUGGACAUUAAAGUUAAAAGAAGGCACUGAAUGUGAUGUACCACAUAUAAUACUACAGAUCCCAGAAUUAUGCAGCAAAAACACAAAAUUAUACAGGGGAGAAUGUGAAUUAUGCACCAAAAUGCAACUAUAUUACGGCAAAUCUUCCAAAAUAUCCAAUUUCAAGUAAACAAACGCCAUCUUAAAUUCUGCUGAGAAAUUAUUUACCUAAUAAUUAUUAUGAAUAUAUGAUGAAGCAGUGAAACAUCAAGUGAGACAUUCUAUGCAAAAUUAAAAGGUGCCACAUAGACAUCUAAUUCUGGGAUAUGUAGUAAAUGAAUAGAGUGAGAUUCUUAUAAGUGUCAUACAUAUAAAUUACAUUAUAUAUUGGCACAUAUUAGUAUAUAGGUGCUAGGCCUAUCAGAUAUAUUAGAAGCAUACCAUGACAGAAAGUUUAAAAUCCACUUUAAAUAAAG